AUCGUGAACGUGAACGUAUUAGCGAUGACGAUAGUGAAUCUUCAUGCUAUGAAAAAAUUAUAUCAAAAAAUUCACGAAACUCAACACCAAAAAGAAAUUCUCAAAAUUUGAAUCCUACAAACACCGCAAGGGGUUCAUAUAAAAAAAGAAAACGAAGCACCACAGAAACUACAACUGUGGCUGUAGAAGAUGCUCCUGUUGUAAAGUCAACAAAAGAUCAAGUGGCGAUAAAAACUUUUUAUGAGCAUAUUGAUGCAUAUAUUCGUGAUUAUACUGAAGAAGACAUCGAUUUCCUAGAAUCAAAGGGUGUUUUUCCUUUAGAUGAUGAUGAAACGAUACCUAAACUUGGUAGACAUUACUUGGAAGUUUGGGCCGAAGAAGAACGAAAUCUCGUUCCACAAACAACUGAGGAACUUGAAGCACGACAGACAGAUGUAGUUAAAGGUCCUUUGAAAGGCCAGGAUCAAGAUAUUCCAGGUCCACCUUGUGGCCCUUUGGCUGAAAGGGUACUUGCUGCAUUUCUGGAAUGUGAUAUAGGAAAUGACGAUGUACCAACAGUAAACGGUAAUAAUUAUGAUGAACCUACUACACCUGAAGCUACACAAAUGAAUGGCCACCGAGAAAUACUUGAUAUGGAUGACCGACUUAAGCGAGAGUUGAGAGCUCUAGAUCUCAUGGACGACCAAGAUGUUACUUAUUUACCUUUUAUGCAGGUUGAAUGGGAUGAUAGAGAAGAUGACGAAAUUAGCAUCAGGUUACGAGAAUGCCAGUCAAAAUUACGUGAACAAGUGAAGCGAAACAAUUACAGAAAAAGAGUCUUAUUGGAAAAAGUUAAGGCAAGAUCAGCACCUACUUUGGAAGAAGUUAAAUCACUUCUUAAAAAACGUAAAGAUUUAAUUGAGG